AUGAGUGACAUUGAGAAAACACCAGAAAUACUUGAGAACCAAACAAACAGAACCUCAACCCCACCAUUGGAAAGUGAAGAAAAGAAAACAGAUGAAGUGGUUAAAAGAUUACCUUCAAAAGAAAAAAGUUCAGGUAAAAAGAAAACAAGAAGUUCCAGUAGUAAUAAUGAAGUAGAAGAGAAUGAUGAAAAAGAAGAAAUAAACCAGGAAGGAAAAGACAAAGAAAAGAGGGUUAGUAAGGAGAGGUUGCUUUCAUUCAUGUUCAAACGAAAAACAAACGAAAAAACAACGGUAUCAGAAUCACCAAAAAAAAGUCAUAAAGAUAAGAAAAAAGAAGGGGGAGAAGAAGAAGAAGAGGAAAACCCAAAAAGAAAAGUGUUUAAGAAAAAUAAGAAACAACAAAUGUUGAAACAAAGUAAAUCUGAGAUUAUUACAAAGAAAAGUGAAGAGAUAGACUCAAAAGAACUCAUUAUUGAGCACCACGGAGAUGAUAUUAUUGACAGCUCUAGUCAAAAAAAAAAUGAAGAAAAAACUAAAAGAAAAGAAGGGAGUAAAGAAAGACCGAAAUCACUGAAAGAAAAAUUAUCACCAAGAAAAGAAAGUAAAGAAGAAAAGAAAGUAAAAGACACUAAAAAGAAGAAGGAAGUAAUUGACAAAGAACAACAUGCAGAAGAAAGACAUAAAAAUGAUAUUUGGAAAAGAAAAACUGUUUGUACUAUGGAAAGAAGAGAAAAAAGAAGGAGUAGUGAAAUAAGUAUUAAAAAAGAAAAGAAAAAUAUUGAAGUUACUGUUGAAAUUGGGUUUUUGUUACAAACAUAUAACAAAACAUUUAAAGUAGCAUCUCAAAUGAAAGUUAGAGAAGUUAUUGAAAAAACUAUGAUAAGUAUUAAAGAAGGACUACAUGAUGAUGUUGUUGUCUAUCAAAAUAAUGGAGAGGUUGUAAAUCAAGAAGAGGAUAUAGGUGCAAUUGCAACAAAUAACAAGGCAUAUAUAUAUGUAUCAAAAAGAGGAAGGAAAUGUGCAAAAAAAAUUAUAUUUGAAUUUGAAACAGAAAAGAAAAAAGAAGAAAAGAAAGGAAAAGAACAAGCAGACCCACAAGUAGUUUAUGAUCUUUGUAGAUGGAUUUAUAUGCAUGGAAUAGAAGUAGAAGGAAUUUUCAGAAUAUCAGGAAAUAAUGAAUAUAUUAAAAAAUUAAUAGAGAAAGUUAUUAAACAUUCAACUGGAUUUCUUGAUGAAAUGAAUCAUGGGGUAAAUGAUGUUCAUAAUGUUGUUGGUGUAUUAAAAAGUUAUUUACGAGAAGCAACAGUCGGAUUAUUUGAUUUACAAAUAGCAGAAGAAAUACUAAAAAAUGAAGAGAAUAAACGAGAAGAAGUAUUAAUGGAAAUAAUUGAAAAAUUAAAUAAGAAAGACAAAUAUACAUUAUGUAUCAUAUUAAAUCUUGCUGAAGCUAUUAUUCAAUAUAAAGAUGUUAAUCAAAUGGGAAUAGGAAAUAUUGCUGUUGUUCUUGGACCAAUGUUAAUUCAUUCAAAUGGAGCUGUUAGUUUGAUUGGAACACAAACUCAAUUAGAACUUGCUGUAUUAUUAAUUAAUUUAGCACAAAGUAUACGAAAAAGAUUAGAUAUUGACACAUUCUUUUCUAUAGAUGAGGUUGUUUCUAAAUUUGAAACACCAACUGAAUUUAUUCAUGAUAAUGAAGAACCUGAUAGAUUUGUUUAUGAUAUUUCAUGUCUUGAUGAAGAAACACAAAAAUUGGCACAAGACAUUUGUGGAUGGAUGGAAGUAGUUUUAGAUUCUGAUAAUAAUGAAGAAGCAAUUCAUUGGAUUCAAGUAUAUUAUGAAGAGAAUGAAGAACAUUUUGUGUAUAUUGUAAACAUGUUAACUCCAGACUUUGUUAUUUCAGUAAUGGAAAAGGUAUUAGAGAAUAUGUUUAACGAAACAAAAAAAAUUUAA